CAAAACCGUUACUCAGCCUCAUCCAUCUAGAUCACUAACAGCAGACUAACUUCAGGAUGCCCCUCGGAGGGGGAAACAGGUGUGGCUGCUGCCAGAAAACUGUGUACUUUGCAGAGGAAGUCCAGUGCGAGGGCAAGUUUUUUCACAAGUCCUGCUUUCUCUGCAUGGUAUGCAGGAAGAAUUUGGACAGCACCACGGUAGCUGUACAUGUGGAUGAGAUCUACUGCAAGUCGUGCUAUGGCAAGAAAUAUGGUCCAAAAGGCUAUGGUUUUGGUGGUGGUGCAGGGACCUUGAGUAUGGAUACAGGUGAAGGACUGGGAAUCAAACCAGCUGAGCAAGUGGCACAUCGUCCUACCAACAACCCCAAUACCUCCAAAUUUGCGCAGACAUCUGGCAGCUCUGAUGUCUGCCCUCGCUGUAGCAAAGCGGUUUAUGCAGCCGAGAAAAUUGUGGGUGCUGGCAAUUCAUGGCAUAAGAGCUGCUUUAGGUGUGCCAAGUGUGGUAAGAGUCUGGAGUCCACCACCCUUGCUGAUAAAGAUGGAGAGAUUUACUGUAAAGGGUGCUACGCCAAAAACUUUGGGCCAAAGGGCUUCGGGUUUGGCCAGGGAGCAGGAGCUCUAGCCCAUGCCCAGUAGACAAGCAGUGGACAAGACAAGAGGAUAUAAACUCUCUGCUUCUUACACUAAUAUUUGUACACUACACACCAAACAUUUACAUGCUUGCAUUUU